AUGGAUCUUGAAUUGGGACUUACGCUUAGAAGAGUUGCAGAUGAAUUUUGCUCAGCUGAUUUUCAAUUUUCCAAGGAUCGUACUGGUCCUGUUUUCAUUUCUACAGAAACAGAGAGUCUGUUCUUCCUCACUGCCCAUCUCAAAGGGCAUAGGAAACAGAAUAUUAAGAUUGAGAUCAAUGAGGAUGGGACUCGAAUAAUAAUAAGUGGGGAAAUGGCAAUUCAGGAGACUGUAAUGGUGGAAUGGAGAUUGUACAGAAAAGAAACAGAAAUUAGGAGAUUCAGGAAGGCUUUCAAGAUCCCUGAUGGAGUGAUCUUGGAUAAAAUCAAAGCAAAGUAUAAUGAGGAUGAAUGCAUAUUGACUAUUUCAAUGCCAAAGAAAGAUAAGGGAAUUCGAGGGUUCAACAUUGAGGAGGUGCAGGAACAGGAGCUUGCUAGAGAGGGCUCAGAAACUUUGGAGAUAGUGCCUGAUGAGGUCCCUAAACAAGAAAACGAGAUGCAAGAAAAAGAUCAAGGAGCAGAGGCAGAACAUGCCGAGGGAAGUGGCUUAGCAGAAGAAGAGUAUUCAGGAGUUCCUGAAAUUGCAACCAGUGAAGAACCUAAAGAAUUAGCAGAAGAAGAAUAUUCAGAAGUUCCUGAAAUUGCAACCAGUGAAGAACCUAAAGAAGCUGGCUUCGAUGUUGCACCGCCUGAAGAAACUCAGGUGGCGGAGGUUCAUGAUAUGAAGAAAGAGGAAAUGAAAGAACAUCAACUAGACCAGAAUGAAAGGCUGAAGAAGCCGUCAGAAGAUCAUGAAGGAACAGUUGAAGAAGCGAAAAGUUCUCCAGAUGUGGCGAAUGGAGAAGAAAGUGGUAAAUCCCCUGCAAGCCAUCUCACCACGGGCGAAACAUCUCAAAGGGAAAGUGUGAUGCAGGCGCAAGAGUUGGAAAAGGAAGAAAAAAGCCAAGGUAUUGAAGGAGAUAUGGAAAGAAAACAUGAACAGCCUGAGCCUUUGACUGAAGUCAUCGACCAAAAUCACCAUAAACGUGAUCAAGUUGAUGGAAAAGAAAGUGGCACUCAAGAAGAAGAAGAAGAAGAAGAAUCCGCUUUAGUUAAACCUCCUGAUAAGGUUCAAGAAGAUAGGCAAUCAAGGAUUGAGAAGCACAGGGGAAGAUGCAAAAUGUGUGCUCCUAUUCUUGCAGGAUCUGCCUUACUGUUGUCCCUUGUAGUGUUUGUCAUUCAAUUCAUAAGAAAAAAAAGCCAUCAAGGGAAAAAGAAAGAAUAGCCAACGCCAUUGUAGCAAUUAUAUACUCUGCGCAGCAACUAUAUAGAAUGAUAGCUUUGUCAUAGGAGCUGACUGGUUAAAUUCCACUUAAUCCUGAAAACCAUUUACACAUACAUUUGUUGAUGAUGGAACGCUAGGGAUUAAAUACCUCAUCCAAGCAAUAAAGUGU